CCCGCACUCGCCAUCCUUUUCGCAACCAUCUCUCAGCAAGCUUCAUUUUGACGUCCAAAUUGGCUACUCAACAGUUUGCUCUCAUAAAAAGUUUAUCGGAAGAAGCUCAACAGCAACUACUCUUCUCUCCAAGCUCGUUAGAUAGCCCCCCCUGUCGACUAACACCCUCUUCGAUCUAUCUAUCUACCGUAUCCAACCAAAAAAAUCAUCAUCACCAUGAAGGUUGCUACUUUUUUCUUGACCAUGCUCUUUGCUCCUGUCGUCGUCUCGGGAGCCAACGAAUGUCCCACCUUCACCCUCGACAUUGUCGAUGGAGCUACCUGCAAGGAUGCGCGUGACUUGGAGCUAUCUCUGGAACCAACCUACGCCGCCGUUGGAAAGUUCAUUGACAACGCUGGUAGCGACGACAACACGAAGAACAACGACUACAAGAUCACCGACAUUGCCGUCAACGUGGAUGACACCAAGUUGGCUGCUUCCAGCAACCGUGGCACCUUUAACGUCGCCGCCGGUGGUGAAUCCUCUGGCAAGAGUAUUAUUCAUGGUGGGCAUCGCGCUCUCCAAUUCUUUGAAUGCCCCGAUCCAAGACAAGACUGUAGUGCUGCUUGGUGCUGCAUUUUCUGCUUGAACUCGAAUUGCGGCCGCCGCGAACUUCGCGGCAACAACAAGCCCGACGUCUGCGCCUGGCUUUCGACGCAGCCCCAAGCCUUUCAUGGUUGUCUUGCCGAUGCGACGAUCGACUGCACCAUGGUGGAGUAGACAGGAUCUAUCGUAUAGCCCCCUUUACAAGUUAAAAAAGAUUGCGGAAACUACCAUUAUCGCUCAACACGCACCUGAACCUCUUCCACAAAGCAUACUAUUCUGACAACGCACACAACGGCAUGGCAAGGAUAGGCAACUAAUCAAAACUUUAGUAAUACGUGGUCCUUGUCAUCA